CUGCUCGGAAAGCCAGAUAAGUUCUCAGGUGAGCUCGAUGAGAAUGCGAAGUACAAGGACGGAGUCACGUGGGAGAACUGGAGUUUCGUUCUGGCGGCCCACUGCAUGGCGGUGGACCCUCACAUGGCGGAGUUGAUGCGGGACGCUGCGAAGGUCGACGCGGAGGCUUUCGCACACGAAGAUCUAGACGAAGAGGCCCAGCGAGUCAACACCAACCUGUACUACAUCCUGGUACUGACGUGUAAGGACAAGGCUCAGGGCAUCGUGAAGAGCGUUCCCUCAGGAGAAGGCCUGGAGGCCUGGCGACUGCUGUGUUUGGAGUUCGAGCCGAAGGUGUUGAACUACUUGAGGCCGAAGCAGGCGGCGGUGGCACUAAGUGGACCUGCGCCUAUGGAUCUGGAUGCGCUCACGUUCGGCAAGUUCGGCAAGGACUCGAAAGGCAGGUACGGCAAGGACAAGAACAAGGGCAAGGGCUAUGACCAGAGCGCGAUGCAGCCUUGCAAGUAUUGCGGCAAGAAAGGUCACAAGCUCAUGGAGUGCAGGAAGGCCACACAGGACAUGAAGGACGGAAAGAUUACGAAGGAGGACUUGCGAAAGGUCAGCAAGGGCAAAGGCAAGGGUAAGGACAAGAGCGACAAGGCGAAUAACACACCUGCGCCCGACAAGCCCAAGGAUCAAGACAUGAAGUGCUUAGGUUACGAUUACGACGCCGAGGAGGGCUACAUCUUCAUGCUGAAGGAGAACGAGACUGAGGAGCUAGAUCACAUUUCGGGUUUAGAUCACACGGAGGUAGACGAAUACACUGUGAAUCUAGAUAGCAAGAAGGAGCCCAAUCACAAGUUCAACGAGAAUGACGAGAGCUACCUGAUUCCGAUAGAGUUCGAGAAUGACAACGACGGUAAGAUCGAGGCGAUGGUUGAUUCAUGCGCGGCGCGGAGUGUUUGCCCACCUGGUUUCGCGCCAAGAAUACCGCGAGAAGAAGCGGGCGCACCGCCACUACGACAGGCAGAUGGUACUAAGAUCUACGCGAACGGCUGCAAGACGGUACAAAUGCAGGUGGUUGGGACUCGACGACCAAUUCGAGGACAGUUCGAUAUGCGAGACGUCCGCAAGACGAUCAUUGCGGUUCGCUACCUGACGAAGGGAGCUCAAGGUGCACGGUUCGACGAAGGCGGUGGAGCAGUGGUCAAUCCGAAGGUCAGCCAGCGGACCAAGGAGAUGAUCGAGUACGAGACCGCGAACAACCAUAUUAAAAGACCACUGAGGAUCUCGAAGAGGCGUGGGAUCUACAGCUUCGGCGUGGACGCGAGCACGCUCUGCCCUCUAGAAGGCGAUGAACCUGAACAAGCUCAGCAGCCGGCGGAGCAGGAGGAGGAGAUCGAGACAGACGAGGCGCGACUGCCGAAGGUCAAGAAGGAGAGGUACAAGCCCACAGCGGAGGAGAUAGCCAUCCACGAGAAGACGCACAUGCCGUAUCGGGACUGGUGCAAGUGGUGUCUUUGGGGCCGAGGCAAGGAAGAUGGUCGCAAGAAGGCUCGCCCAGAGGAGGCGCCGACGAUUCCAGUCAUUAGCAUGGACUACUGCUUCGUGAACGCCGAGCUGGAGACGGAGAUGGUCAACAUCCUGGUGAUGGUGCAGAAGCCUGAGGACGCAGUUGCUUCCAUCAUGGUGAUCCACAAGGGGCCCAGCGAGUGCGUCAACUCAGCGGUGGAGUUCUACUUGGACGUUUGGGGAGCAGCGGAUAUCAUCCUGAAGGGCGAUCAGGAGCCAUCGCUACAAGCGGUGAUCACGGCGGUGAAGAACAGGAGGAAGCACAGCACGCAGGUGGAGAAGGCGAAGUUGGAGGUGAAGAUCGGACCCAAGAGUUUAAUCAUGCCGUGGUUGGUCAGGCACGUAAGCUACUUGCUCACCAGGUUCGCUACUAAGACGGAUGGCAGGACAGCUUGGGAACGACGGGGACGUGCGAAGUUCAAGUCGGAGCUCGGGAAGAUCGGACAGGCGAUCGACUACGAGAUACAGGCUAAGGACUACUCCAAGCUGGAACCGAGGCGGGGCGAAGGUAUCUUCUUGGGCAGGCGCGACGAGAGCGACGAAAUCAUCGUAGGUACGUCGAGGGGGAUCGAGCACGCCAGGACGAUGAAGCUCAGGGCCACGGGGGACAAGUACAACAAGGAGGUCUGCAACACGUUCAUAGGAGUGCCGUGGAAUCCCAGGGGUUUGGAGGUGAAGGAUCAGAAUGAGGUGGUCAGGGGACGGAAGUACAUCACGACGGCGCUGAUCGAGGAGCAUGGACCUACAGAUGGGUGUGCAGCAUGCGAAGGGAACGCAUCAAUACACAACGCGAGGUGCAGGACGAGGUUCGCCAAGAUCUUCGAGGAGGCCGAGCCGAGGAUCGAGAUGGCAGCAGGAGAUCAACCAGGACGGGAAGAGGCGAUGGAGAUAGGCAUCAUCAUGUCGAUCACGAAGGAUGAGGACCGCCACGUCUGCGAGGAGUUGGAGCCGAGGGUGAACUACGACAAGCUGGUGGGUGACGGAGUCUACAGGGACGCGUACACAGGCGAGGAGUUGUUGAAGGAGCUGGUCAUCAACGGCAGGACGAAGGAGAUGAAGAGCAUGGAGGAGUUUGAGGUCUUUGAGUGGGUACCGCUUGAAGUCUGGACGAAGCCGUUCGACACCAAGUGGAUCGACAGCAAGAAGUACGACUUACAGAACAACGAGUGGAUCGUGAGGAGGAAGAAGCUUGGUCUAUACGACAUCUCAGUGGCGUUCUUUCACGCGUCGCUGAAAGAGCCCCAGUACUGCUGGCCACCACCUGAACAGCGACGACCAGGGAUGCUUUGGAAGUUGCAGAAGGCGAUGUAUGGGACGCCGGAGGCGUCGAUGUUAUUUCAAGGAGAAGUUCGAGAUAAUUUUAGCCAGAACGGGUGCGAGGAGUUGAAGACGGUGUGCUGCCUGUACUACCAUCCUGGCAAGGACUCACUCUGUGCUGGACAUGGAGAUGACUUGGUGGUGGAGGCGUACGACGAGGAGCUGGAUGAGUUCGACAAGCUCAUGGCCAACAGGUUCAAGGUCAAGCCUCAACCGAGAGUGGGGCCAGGAGGAGCAGCUGAAGGUACUUCUCUCAACAGGACGGUGCUCUGGGGCGAGGAGGGCUUCGGCAUUCUACCAGGCCCGAAGCUGGUCUUGAAGAUGGUGGAGUUGUACGAGCUGAAGCAGGCCAAGCCGGCAGAGACACCGAGUUCGAAGCACACUGCCAAGGGAGUUCGAGAAGCUGAAGACCGAGUAGGACGACAGAACUCUACGUUGUACAGGAUUUGCGGUGGCAUCGCACAGUAUAUGGCUGGGGAUCGUUGGGAUAUCCAAGAAGCAGUUCGAGAUCAGAGUUGUUCGUGCAACGACCCGCGGGUGAGGCACAUACUCAAGCAGGAGCGUCUGGUCAGGUAUCUGAAGGGCACGGCCGACAUCGUGAUAUUCUACCCGUAUCAGCAGGAGACGUUCAAGGUGACGGCGUCGGUGGAUGCGGACUGGGCUG